UAGUCGGGUCGGCAUUAAAUGUCGAGGACAUACAGGACAUUUUAUUUUGGGGACUUAUUUACCUCUUAAGACUAUUCAGUUCUGUCCAACAAUUUUCAAUAUUCUAACUCCUAUUCUACAAUUGUAAUUACAAACAACCGCCAGUAACCUAUCCUGACAAUUGGUAACUCUGGUGACUCAUCUGAACUGAGAAAAUUUCAACCACUCAAGCUAACAAUGUACUAAUCCCCAAAGAAAAAGCCGUUGUACUAACAACAAAACGGAAACGUAGAUAAAUUAAACAAUUGAAGGCAGCUCGUCACAUAGUAAUAAACUAUUAGUCACUCUGGAGGUCAAUCAAAUCUGAGCGCAACAAUGGGCAAUCCUAGGGUUUUUUUCGUUUUGUUAUCAGACGGUUACUUUAAAGUUAAAAAUGUCGUCUGGGGAUGUGAUCUUGUGUUUUUCAACCAGUUGGUGGAUCCCUACAAACAAAAGGGGCUCAACUUUGGUGUAAACAGUUUAAUACAAAUAAAUAUUUCUGUGUUUGUCCUUUUCCAUGAACUGUAUCCAUCUAAGGAAGCAUCAACAAUCCCAGCGGAUCGAGACGGGAUAUUAUCGACCCAGGUUCAUGCGAUUUCUUCUACUUACUUUGAGAAACAGGACUUUAUCACAGCCUUACAUAAAAUGGACCUAGAACUUUCCGUGGAGGAAGCACAUUUUAUUUUCCAGACUAACCAUCUCCCAUUGUCACUUUUCAGAUCAGUAUACCCUGGAGCAUCUACAAAAACGGUGAGUUACGUUUUUCCAAAUCUAGUAUUUUAGAAUUCACUAGUUCACUGUAAAGCUGGGACUUCGUCAUUUGUUGAUACUUGUGAAGUUGAAGUGGUUGCCGAUCCGGAUAUAUCGGUCAACGGUUUCCCCAGUCCUUCACCAACGUUUGCUACGGGGUUUCCGCCUAUUUCCCCUACGGACUCAUGGGUUGAACAAAACAACCGAGAUUCAGUUGAUGCUCAGUCUAUCUCCUUGCUGUCUCUCAAUCUAGAUUCAGAUGAAGAAAAAGCGACUUCCAGUUUACCAACAGCGUCCGGUCAUAAAGUUUCCUCAGUCGAGUCAGUUAACAGUGAGGAAGUUUCUGUUCAAGAGACAAAAGUUGAUUUACUUUCUCAUUCUACUGUAUGUUCAAGAAACUGUUCAGGUUAUAGUGAAAAUACAAAUAUUCAUCAUCAGGUCAGUUAGUAGUACAUAUGUACUCUUUCAUGCUUGUUCACAUUCAUUUAAAGAAUCAAUAAAAAUAGCAUAUGAAUAAUGUACAUUGGAAAAUUAAAUCAAAAAUAGUUAGUGGAUUGUGUAUGCGUAUACUUUUUUCAUUUAAAUUGCACCCUUACUGAGUUAAGAUUUCUAUUUUAUAGAUUUCAAAGUUAAUUGCGUGCUUUAUUGUAGUUGUGUGUUGCAUUAACGAUCUACUUACCAUUGAAUACUGUCAGAAUUUUAUGUGCACUGCAAGAUUUCUUAGCCCGGUAGCAAACUUAGUCAACAAAAAAAUACGAGAUCAAACUAGUAAUCAGUAUUCAACAAUUUCAGGUAAAUUAUGUCAAGUUUAUGCGGUUGUCAACUAAUUCUGAAACUUGGUUAUAAAUAGGCACCGUUACUAAAUAAUUAUCUGGACUAAACGAAUGUAGAUUUAACGUCAUGUAUAUUAUUUUUCCAUUGUUCGUUAAGUUUUAAAGUGAUCAUAUGCAGAUAUUAUGCACACAUAUUUUGCAAACAAGUUGUACUUGUACCUCUUGAAACCCACCACACAUGACUUUAAUGUUUUUUGGUUCGUGCAAAAAUAUUUACUUGAAAUCCCCUCAAUUAUAUUUAGGUCUUAAAACCUUCAGGAAACACUUUUACUGUGCCGUUAUCAGACAAUAAUUCAUGGGUUUCAGAUGUCAUGACACAGUCGGUGAACUAUUUGCAUCGAAAAACAGAUCCUCAAUUAAGGAGUGAAAGUUCAAGCAGUUUAGAUGAUCGUCGCGGGUCGCUCGAUGAUAACAAGGAGUUAAUUAAUAUUGUACAGUGUAGUUCAAGCUCUGAUUCAGAACUUGACUAUAAGUUUGAUCAGGAAUAUUUCAUUCACUACAAUAAUCUCCAGAAUUCAAGAAGUUUGAAGUUAGUCGACACAAAUAGCGUUGUUCACACGUCUGGUAAUUGGCCACUAGAUAAUAGUAAACUUUCAAGAUUAGAACACAAAAGAAUCUACUCAGAACCCAUUGAUAAGUCUUUAGACACAGAAUCACAAAUUAUCUCACCAAUUCUUUAUCAUCAAAACUCGUCCAGCUAUUCUAAUUCUAAAGACAAUGUCUACGAAAAAAGUUCGUCUUCAACAUGUUCCAAUUCAGCAGUCAGCAAGCGAUCUGACCGUUAUAUUCGCGAUAUUGAUGUACUUGAGGUUGCUGGAGUCCCAUUUUCAUAUGAAGAUGUCGUAUAUUCGACAAAUGAAGAGUUUCGCCAUCUGAGAGCCACUCGUGGUUUAACAGAGGAACAGGUAAGUUACCUUACGUAUUAGAUUAAUUGUUGAAACUGCUAUCAAUUUAUUGGUGGAAAAUAAUGUAUCAACUACGUAAAACUGAUUUUCUUCCGUCACUGACGUAAUGUUCAAUUACGUAGAUGAAAACCAUAUCAUGAGAAUCAGAGAAACUGAGAAAACAAGCAUGUAUGACUUUAUAAAGGUUAAGUUUAGUUAUAUUUAUAAGUGAUUUUGAACUCUGUCACCUAUUAUUUCCAACUUCUCUAUCCCCCAAAACCCGAACUCUAAAAUUACUUACGCCUGUUACCCCUCGUCAAGGAGCAUAGGCCGCUCACCAGCAUCCUCCAUUUAACUCCGUCCUGGACAAUCCUUCCUAGUUGCUAUUCAUCUUUCUCAUGUCUGCUUCCGGUCCCCUUCAAGAUUCCGAGUUGGCGCUUGCCUCGUGAUGCAGUUUGGUAAUUUUAACUUACAGUGUCUUUUCCUAAUUUCCUCAGCCGGAACCUAGUUUAUUCUCUCCCACAGUAGGCUGUUGCUGAUGGUUUCCGGCCGACUGGCAUUGAUUAUCUUGCGUAGAAAAUUGUUUAUAAAUACCUGUACCUUUUUGAUGAUGAUUGUGGUAGUUCUCCAUGUCUCAGUUCCGUGCAGUAGAACUAUCUUAACGUUCGUAUUGAAGAUUCUGACUGAUAUUGGUUGACAGUUAUUUUGAGUUCCAUAUACUAUUCAACUGUAGAAAUGCUGUCCUUGUUUUUGCGUCUGCAUCCGGUUCUCCUUGUUCAUCGAUGAUGCUGACCAGGUACGUGAAGGUUUCCACCUCUUCUAGAAUUUCUUCAUCAAAUGUGACUGCUUUGGUCUUCUCCGUGUCGUAUUUAAGGAUCUUGCUUUUUCCUAUGUGUAUGUUGAGGCCUACAGUUGCAGAGCUCUAAAAUUAGGUAGAUAAAUUUCUAGAAAAAAAUGUAUUUUGCCAUUGUUAUAAACCUUAUCUUUAGUAUUUGUUUACAGUCUAUGGGGAUAUUCUUCGGUUUGGGCACCAGGGCAGUAUCACAGCUCUCACACCUAUCAAAUGAGAUUUGUGUGGCGCAUAUGUAUUUGGUGCCUCCAUGUACCAAUAGCUAUGUGUUAAAAUAAAUAAAAAUUAAUAUUCUAUUUUAAAAAGCAAAUAGUAUUCCGGACUCUCAGAUUUAACAGGUGUACUCCCAUGAAUUCUGGAACAUAUACGUAUUUUCCUAAUCUAACGUUCACUUGUUUCUUUUCUACAUUCAGCUAACAGCUAUGUCGGAUGCACGUAGACGAGCUACUAACCGUCAAGCAGCCGAACGAUGUCGCCGUUCUAAGGUUGCUGCUCGUGAUGAAUUAGCAGAACGUCUGGCUGACCUUCGCUUACAAAGGCAGGCACUAAAUAAGCGUCUGGUUAAAGCUCGUCAACGUAAACGUGAUGCAAGGUAAUGUAGGUGUACAUGAUAAGCGCUUGAUUAAAAAAAUAUAGUUUCUCUGCAAUUAUUUCAUUAACCUAGGUCAUACACGCAAAACAGAACUCAGUUUUUUUACUAAGUUAAAUUUCUCUUAAAUUAUGUUGCUCAUGUUUCCAGGAAUGUGGUAGGAAUGCCGAAAAUUACAUUUCACGUUGUCCUUUUAAAGAAAUCUCAUACUUCAUAAGAAAGGAAGUGUACCUUAAACAUGUUAUCUCUAUGUCUGUUAUUAUCUAGCUGCUAAGUAUGUCAGAUAAAAACAUUAAUUGGGCUACAGUAGAGUACGUAACACAUUCUGUGUUUAUUCCAAUUCGGUUAUAUUUUACAGCAAUCUUGUGAAAAAAAAGAGUUCAGAGUGAAAAGGUAGGCCAGCAUAAAUCAAGAAAAUGUCGUUUAAGUUUUUGAAUGAGAUCCAUACAUCACGUAAAACCAUCAGCAAAAAUAAAAAUGUAGUGCUCAAAAGGUUGGAAAUUAUAAGGAAAAAUUAAGAUUGUUCACUGCAAGAUUAUAGUAGUAGACUUAUCAACUGGUCAAUUAUUUUCAUGUACUUAUCACCUCAAAUAAACCAUAUUCCUAAAUCCCAACCCAAAGAAUUAGCUAUUUAAUCCGGUGAAGCCUGUUUACACUUUGUGAUGUCAUUUUGCUCUGUUCUAGACCAUACUGAUGGAUAAUAACUGGCUAAAAAAUCCCAAUUGUUUUAAGCUCGCCCUUUGAUUUCUUAUAGCAGUGUUGAAAAGGCCUUGUAAAGCUUGAAAAGGGGGAAGCAGGAGGUCCUAAUGAGUUAAUCCCGGAGAUCAUUAGGUAUAGUAGUUCAACUUUAGAAGUUGGCUGUGAUUUUAGCCAGAGCCUGGGAACUGGACGUAAUCCUAUCUAAAUGGUCUCGAUCGCUAAUCAUUGUUCACUGUAUAAGGAAGUACAAAUCUUCUUGUGAUAAUCAUAGAGGAAUCAGUUUGAUUAAUAUAGUGUCUAGAAUAUUGGCCUUAAUAAUCUGACGGUUAACUAGGACUCGCCUAAUAAACUAGGACUGAUCCAGGCUUCAUAGGUGGUUACCGUACGGAAACUGCAACUAUUGUUAGAGAAGUUAGGUGACUGUUUAGAAUCGUUUACAAUACUGCAAAUUCAUUCGGACUUUAUCUUAUUCUGCUCAGUCCUUCAUGUCCUAUAUUUCUUGAGCUAUACCUUUUUGAAUCGUAGUUUCAGUUUCCGGCUUUUCUUCGCUCCUUCAUUUUCUCGAUUCGUUUGUUAUUCACUGACUCAUGUUAAUGCGCUAUGGUAAUAUGAGGUAAUCCACGUUUGUGCCGGGCUUUACAUUAAUUAUUACUGACUCGUGAUAUUCCGAAUACUCGGUCAAAACAUCACAACCACUUGUAAUGAAGAAGUCAUACUUCCUGCGUUUGUAAAUUACUUAUACGAGGUUGAUACUGAAACGCAAAGCUGCGGUACGCCUCUUUUCGCACAGUAAGUUGAAAUACGUAGAAAUUAAUUAUCGAUCUUUUAAAGGAAAAUAGGGAGCAUUAGACUUGGUACGUUGUAAUUUUAACGUUUAAAUUCAAGCUAAAUGGUUGUUUCUUAUAUACAUAUUCAUUACUAAUUACAUUAUUUAAGAAAAACAUGAAGAGUCAUCUUAGAAAUCCUAUUGCAACCCCAAUUAUUUCCCAAUGGUUUAAAUAUAUAAAUAAAUCAUUGUGUAUAUGUGUUGACAAUGUCGGACAAUUUUUCUAUUUCGUUAGGCCUGAUUUAACUAAAGCAGCAUAUCUUAUAAAGCCAAUGUUCUAAUGAAUUAGGGAUGUCAAUUCUUCGUAUUUGGAUGAAGUAGUUUCUUAACACCUGAAAUAGAAAUCACAGUUAAAUCUGUCACAUGUUGAUUGUAAUACGGAAGCAGGUUUUUGUCUCUCUUCCACUAAACCGCUUUAUUCUUUUUGUGACUUUGUUAUUUAAUGUUUAUAAUGCUUAAAUGUUCAUUCCAUUUAGCUUCUCAGAAUGUUCUGUUAGAGUCGGAUAUUUUAUACACUCAGAAAUAUUUCUAUGCACUAUGUAGAUUAGUAGUACCGCUUUAUUUCAGUAAAACUUAGUAUUUACGCAAGUGUAAACUUUUAACUUGAGAACGAAAAGCAUAUUCAUGUACAGUAUACCGCAUUUCUUAUGGUUAGUAUUUUAGAAACAGUUUUCUGGAUUAGCUUUAAAGACUUUUAGAUUUUGCCAAUAUUUUUUCCCCGUUAGCUUUUUAUUUUAAAGAUGAACAUACAAAGCCAUUUCGCAGUGAAUAUAGACAGUCAUUCGAUUUUGUUUCUUAAUUUUCAGAGAUAAUCUUACUGAAGAACAAAACCGUCUGUUGCAUAUGUUACAUGACUCUAAUGGUUGCACAUUAAAACCUUCCGAUUGGCGCAUUCAUCUAACUACAGAAGAUGAAAUUGUGGUUGUAUCAGUUGGACAUUAACUCAAUAAACUUUACUUUUCAACUCUCUAAACAGUCUUUCAUCUAACUAUCGUUAUGUUUGCACACUUACUGUAAAUACAUUUUCCCCAAACUACGCAUUUUAUUAAAAUUUCACUCAAAAUCUUGCAAAUACUUGUAGAACUUAGUUCAUCUUAAAACUUCUCAGAAUUCACUUUUGAAGUGUAUGAAAUUUCAUAAUGUUUUCGACCCACGUAAAAUUUACUUUAUACUACCUAGUUAUUGAUUUUAUUUCCGCUAUGCACAUACUCAUAUUUAAUAAGCAAUUAAAUUGUCUUCUGCCCCAACCAUAAAUGAAGUAA